CUGUGCUGGGAGCAGUGGUACCCCAUGGUGGAGGAGAUGGAGGGGGCGUCACACACACACUGACGCUGGGACAGGGCCUGGUUCUGAUCUUGCUGUCGGGGAUCCCCCUCCCGCGCUGCCUCGCUCCCCGACUCCCUCUUCCCUGAUUGGCUCGGGGCUGGCAGCUGCGGGGACGGAGCUGAGCAGAGACAGAGAAAGAGAGAAGUGGGCAGAGAGGGGUGUGUUCUGGGUAGGAACCUACAGCAUGUGGGCGACUCUGGACCCCUUAUCCCGCUGCCCUGACACCCGCCACAGCCUGGAUCCCCCUUCCCCUGCCAGGAUGCUGCUCCCUCUGCUGCUCCUCCCCUGGGCAUGGGGGACCCUGGCUGCCUCCCCUUCUCUCCCCACCCUCCGGCUGCUCCAAAUCAUCGUCUUCCACAACGCCAGCUCCACGGACAUGGAGGGGAUGGCCCUGCUGAGCGACCUGGAGACCCACUCCAUGGAUUGCAGCACCUGCAAGAUCCGCUUCCUGCAGCCCUGGGCCCAGCAGGGCCUGACCCCGAAGCAGUGGCAGGACCUGGAGCUGCUGAUCCAUCGCUACCUGUUCAACUUCAACCGUACUGUGAACAGAAUAGCUCAGCAGCACGGAAUGGGCUACCCCUUUGUUACCCAGGGCUCCCUCGGCUGCGAGCUGCACCCUAACGGCACCUCGAGGGGAUUCUAUGAUGCCGGAGUGAACGGCGAGGACUUCAUCAGCUUUGAUGCGGACGCAGGCACCUGGCUUGCUCGGCACGGGGACAAGCUGGCGCUCUACACCCAGGACCUUCUCAACCUGGAUAAGGGCACAGCCAUCACGCUUCAGUUUCUCAUGAGAACGACGUGUGUCAAUCAGAUCAAGAGCUUUGUCCAGCAUGGGAAAGAGUCUCUGGAGAGGCAAGAGCGGCCGGUCGCCGUGGUAUUUGCCCAAGAGCCUCCCCCAGCCGGGACCCCCGCGCCGUUACUGCUGGUUUGCCGGGUCACCGGUUUCUACCCCCGGCCCAUCCGCGUGGCCUGGCUGCAGGACGGGGAGGAGGUGGUGCCGGGCGGGCGGCUGAACUCCAGUGGGAUCCUGCCCAACGCGGACCUGACCUACCAGCUGCGCAGCUCCCUGGCCGUGGAGCCGGGCGACGGGCACAGCUACGCCUGCCAGGUGGAGCACAGCAGCCUGGGGGGCCAGAGCCUGCUGAUCCCCUGGGGGCACAGCAGGCGCUGGGGCCCCGGCCUGGCCGUGAGCAUCACCCUGGGGGUUCUGGCCGUAGCCGCCAUGGCCGUGGUGCUGUGGUGGAGCAGACGCAGGGGUUACGAGGACGUUAGACCAGGGGAGUCCAGGCCUUGAGCGGCCGGCACCGGCCCAGGCCUGGGCAUUGGCCCGUCUCCCAGGGACAUGGACCUUGGGGCUGGAUCCAUGCCUGGCUCCAGAGCUGUGGGCCCCAAGGGCAGGAUUGGAUCGGGGCCCUGGGAGAUCGGGGCCCUGGGUGGGGGUUGGGAUUCUCCUCCCUCUGGGACGUUCAGGGGAUGUUGGACACUUGGGGCAGCAGUGGGAUCGCUGGGAUCCAGGAGCCGCAUGGAGCUGGCGCUGGCCUGUGCCAUUCAAUGAACCCUUCAGGGAGGGGCUGCCCAGCGGGCCCCCCCGGGGGCUGUAGAAGCCAGGGCCUGGGUGCAGGGGUCAGACACUGCUACAUACACAAAGGCGGUGGGUGCGGGUGGGGGCAUGGGAACCAGGAGGGCCCUGGCAGGGUGUUCAGGCUGAGCUGGGGUGCCCGGGAAGCAAGUGCGUUGCCCGUGGGCCAUAGGCCCAGCUACCCACAGGGAGCCCUGACAACUGCGGCCCGCGGGGCGCCGGGGAGGCGGCUCGAAGUCGCUGGCUGGGCUGGGCUGAGAGCUCCUGGGGGCAGGGCCCCUCCAGAGCUGGGUGUGAGGGACCCGGGCUCUGGGGGGUAGGUUCUGUCUUUUUGUUCUGCAUCUGUGCAGCACCGAGCCCAAGGGGGUCCUGGGCAUGACAGGCUCCUCGGCCCUGCGGUAAUACAGCAAUAAUAAUAGUCCUGGCUGGGGAG